AUGCGAUCGGGUUAUGGUCGUUCCAUUUUUGAGCCACUUCUGCCUCUCAUUUUGGGUCGUGAUGUUAGCGGCGAAGUUGCAGCUGUUGGUGCCCAAGUGAAGUCACUGACUGUAGGACAAGAAGUUUUUGGUGCUUUGCAUCCAACUGCUGUGAGGGGUACAUAUACUGACUAUGCAAUUCUUUCAAAGGACGAGCUUUCUCCGAAACCAGCUUCAGUUACUCAUGUGGAAGCAAGUGCUAUCCCCUUUGCUGCAUUGACUGCAUGGCGUGCCUUAAAAAGUACUGCAAGGAUAUCUGAAGGACAAAGGCUAUUAGUAAUAGGUGGUGGAGGAGCAGUAGUUUCUGCUAUUCAGAUUGCAGUUGCUGCAGGGUGCCCUGUUACAACAACUUGUGGAAACCAAACUAUAAAUCGUCUGAUGGCAGCAGGUGCCGAGCAGGCUGUUGAUUAUACUUCUGAGGACAUUGAAUCAGUAAUUAAGGGAAAAUUCGAUGCUGUCCUGGACACCAUUGGUGUGCCCGAGACAGAAAGAAUAGGCACCAAUCUUUUGAAUAGAGGCGGGCACUAUAUGACACUUCAGGGAGAGGCAGCGGCGCUGAGCGACAGGUAUGGACUACCGAUUGGGCUUCCUGUGGCUACAGCUGUUCUAUGGAAGAAAAAGAUUCAGUACAAAUAUUCUCACGGAAUAGAAUAUUCAUGGAUAUACAUGAGGGCAGACUUGGAAGGCUUACAUGAGAUACGCAAAUUGUCAGAAGCUGGGAAGCUGACUGUACCUGUCGAAAAAACAUUUCCGAUAACUCGAGUAAGAGAGGCUCAUGAAGCUAAAGACAAGAAACUGAUCCUUGGUAAAGUAGUGCUGGAACUUGACUAAAGUAAGUUUAUCACAAAUAACUAGAGUUUUUCCUUCUAAAUGUUCCUUUCAACAUAAAAUUGUUAAUUAUUAGGUU